UCAGUGACGCAAAAGGCGGAGGAAGGAAGGAGGCGGCGGAGCGCCGAACAUGGCGGCGGGGGGCGGCGGCCGGGGAGGAGCAGGCCCGCGCUUGGCCGGCAGCCGGGCGGCCUCGGCCGGGGGCCCCGCGGGGGAGAAGCUUCCUGUCCACGUGGAGGAUGCCCUCUCCUACCUGGACCAGGUGAAGAUCCGUUUUGGCAGCGACCCGGCCACCUACAACGGCUUCUUGGAGAUCAUGAAGGAGUUCAAGAGCCAGAGCAUUGACACCCCGGGCGUCAUCCGCCGUGUCUCGCAGCUCUUCCACGAACACCCCGACCUCAUCAUCGGCUUCAACGCCUUCCUGCCGCUGGGCUACCGCAUCGAGAUCCCAAAGAACGGGAAGCUGAGCAUUCAGGCGCCACUGGCUGCUCAGGUGUCCCUCGACCCGGUCCACGGCCCGCUCUCCGGCAGCGGCCUGGUGCUCCAUUACUGCCCGGAGAACGCCCACAACCACGGGGACGGGCCCGAGGACCUCCGCCACCAGCACCACCACCAUGCGCACCCCCCGCCGCCCCCGACCCCGCACUACAAGGAGGACCGGCUGCAGGUCCCGCUGGAGUCGGACUCGGUGGAGUUCAACAACGCCAUCAGCUACGUGAACAAGAUCAAGACCCGCUUCCUCGACCACCCUGAGAUCUACCGCUCCUUCUUGGAGAUCCUACACACCUAUCAGAAGGAGCAGCUGAGCAGCAAAGGGCGGCCGUGCCGGGGGAUGUCGGAGGAGGAGGUCUUCACGGAGGUGGCCAGCCUCUUCCGCGGCCAGGAGGACCUGCUCUCCGAGUUCGGCCAGUUCCUCCCCGAAGCCAAGAGGUCCUUGUUCACUGGGAACGGGCCGUGCGAAGCGAGUGGCGCUCCCCGCCUGGAGCGCGAGAGGCACCUGGAACACAGCAAGAAGCGCUCCCGGCCCCUGUUGCUGCGCCCGGGUCCCGGACCCUCCAAGAAGAAGAUGAAGCUGCGCGGGACCAAGGACCCCUCGGUGGCCCCGGUGGGCAAGUACGGCACCCUCCAGGAGUUCUCCUUCUUCGACAAGGUGCGGCGCGUCCUCAAGAGCCAAGAGGUGUACGAGAACUUCCUCCGCUGCAUCGCCCUCUUCAACCAAGAGCUGGUUUCGGGCUCCGAGCUUUUGCAGCUGGUCACCCCCUUUUUGGGGAAGUUCCCCGAGCUCUUUGCCCAGUUCAAGUCCUUCCUGGGGGUGAAGGAGCUCUCCUUCAUCUCGCCCGCCAGCGACCGCGCCGGGGACGGCGUCUGCCGGGAGAUCGACUACGCCUCGUGCAAGCGCAUCGGGUCCAGCUACCGGGCCUUGCCCAAGACCUACCAGCAGCCCAAGUGCAGCGGCCGGACCGCCAUCUGCAAGGAGGUCCUGAACGAUACCUGGGUGUCCUUCCCCUCCUGGUCGGAAGACUCGACCUUCGUCAGCUCCAAGAAGACGCCGUACGAGGAGCAGCUCCACCGGUGCGAGGACGAGCGCUUUGAGCUGGACGUGGUCCUGGAGACCAACCUGGCCACCAUCCGUGUCCUGGAGAGCGUCCAGAAGAAGCUGGGCCGCAUGGCGCCGGAGGACCAGGAGAAGUUCCGCCUGGACGACUGCCUGGGCGGCACCUCGGAGGUGAUCCAGCGCCGGGCCAUUUACCGCAUCUACGGCGACAAGGCCCCCGAGAUCAUCGAGAGCCUCAAGAAGAACCCCCUCACGGCCCUCCCCGUCGUGCUCAAGAGGCUGAAGGCCAAGGAGGAGGAGUGGCGGGAGGCCCAGCAGGGCUUCAACAAGAUCUGGCGCGAGCAGUACGAGAAGGCCUACCUCAAGUCCCUGGACCACCAGGCGGUCAACUUUAAGCAGAACGACACCAAGGCCCUGCGCUCCAAGAGCCUCCUCAAUGAGAUCGAGAGCGUUUACGACGAGCAUCAGGAGCAGCAUUCGGAGGCCCGCGGGGCCGCCAGCGAGCCGCACCUGAUUUUCGUCUACGAGGACAAGCAGAUCCUGGAGGACGUGGCCGCCUUGAUCAGCUACUACGUGAAGCGGCAGCCCACCAUCCAGAAGGAGGACCAGGCCACCAUCCGCCACAUCGUCCAGCACUUUGUGCCCGAACUCUUCUUCUCCCGGACGGCCGAACCGCCGGCGGCCGAGGAGACGCCCGGCGAGGAGAGCGCGGCUCCCGAGUCCCAGCCGGCCGACGUGCGCGACCUGCGCCGGAGGAGCGUCCCCGGGCCGCCACCGGAGGAGCCCCACGAGCUGCGGAAAAGGGGUCCCUUGCCGCCCGUCAGCCCCUCGGAGGAGAAGCCGGCGGCAGCGGAGGGCCCCGAGCGGCGGAAGCGGCACCCCCCGGCCAGCCCCCCGAAGGAGAAGGGCCUCCCCGCGGAGGCCACGGCAACGGCGGCGCCCCCUCCCCCCGCCGGAGCCCCCCUCCCCUCGCCGGACAACGCCUACACGCUCUUCUUCGCCAACAACAACUGGUACUUCUUCCUGCGGCUGCACCAGACGCUCUGCGCCCGGCUGCUCAAGAUCUACCGCCAGGCCCAGAAGCAGCUGCUGGAGCACCGGAGGGAGAAGGAGCGCGAGAGGCUGCUCUGCGAGGGGCGCAGGGAGCGCGGCAACGACCCCGCCCGGGAGCUGCGCCUCAAGCAGCCCAGCGAAGUGGAGCUGGAGGAGUACUACCCGGCCUUCCUGGACCUGGUGAGGAACCUCCUGGACGGCAACAUCGACCCCACGCAGUACGAGGACACCCUGCGGGAGAUGUUCACCAUCCACGCCUACAUUGGCUUCACCAUGGACAAGCUGGUCCAGAACAUUGUACGGCAGCUGCACCACUUGGUGAGCGACGAGGUCUGCCUGAAGGUGGUGGAGCUUCACCUGGGUGAGCGCAAGGCCGGUGCGGCCGGAGGGAACCUCUCCUCCCAGAGCGUGAGGGCCGCCAAGGAGACCGCCUACCAGUGGAAGGCCGAGCACUGCAUGGCCGACGAGAACUGCUUCAAGGUGAUGUUCCUCCAGCGGAAGGACCAGGUCAUCAUGACCAUCGAGCUGCUGGACACGGAGGAGACCCAAACCGAAGACCCCGCAGAGGUGCAGCACUUGGCCAACUACGUGGAGCAGUACGUGGGUGCGGACGGGGCUUCCCACAACCAGACGGAAGGCUUCCUUCUCAAGCCGGUCUUUCUCCAAAGGAACCUGAGCCGGUUCCGGCGGUGGCAGUGCCGGCAGGUGCAGGCCCUUCGUCACAAGGCCAGGAGCUCCUGGAAGCAGCGCGUGGGCGUGGAGAGCGCCUGCAACGUGGACUGCAAGUUCCGCCUCAGCUCCCACAAGAUGCUCUUCGUCAUGAACGCCGAGGACUACCUGUACCGCCGGGGGGCCCUGGCGCGGGCCAGGCAGUCCCAGCCGGCGGUCCUGCUCCGUCUCCACCGGCGCUUUGAGGAGUGGCACCGCCGCUGGCUGGUCCGUCACGCCUCCCGCGAGGCCCCCGAGCUGCUCCGGGACUGGCUGAUGGGCGAGGCCGACGAGGACCUGCUGCCCUGCAAGACCACCCGCGAGACCCUCAGCGUCCACGGCCUCCCGGUCAACCGCUACCGCGUGCAGUACAGCCGCCAGCCCACCUCCCCCUGAGGGGUCAACGGCGCGACCCCGUCCCGGAUGACCCCCUCGUCCCUUGGGCGUUUCGUCCAAACAGCCGCUUUCCCAGGUUUCGGGAAGCGCGGCGUCACGGCAUCGAUGCCGGGAAGGGCUCCUUUGGUUUUUUUUUUUUCAUCCUUCACAGCAAAAGAGUUGAUCAUGAUGCUGCCCUUCGGAUGGAAGCUCUUUAUGUGUGGGGGUUUUUUCUGGGGGGAGGGACAUUUUAACUCUGGCGGGACGGGGCGCAGAGGCCAAAGCCAAGGGCAUCCUUUUCUCCUCGGCCCUGCACUGGACUUGUUAUGCCAAAUUCGGAGGUUUCGGGAGGCCGGAGACCUCGGGUGUCUCUCGACCCCCAUGGCCUUUCUGUGCAAAAAAGGGGGGCUGGUUUUUGCUUCACGGACAACACACGGACAAGUUCAGGAGCUGCCCCUCACUGCCUGGAGCCAGGAAAGGUGUGGUUUGCCUCUUUUCCCCCUGUGGCAUCUCUUGAUAGUUUCAGCAAAUGUUGCCCCAAAGGCUACGGGAUGGUUGCGCUUGCCACGACUGCCCUUCCACAACAAUUUGCGGAGGGGAGUGGCCUCUCAUUGCAGCAUUUCCCCAGAAACAACAAUCGACGUUGGCCGAGAGCGGCAGCUCCGCUUCCAAUUUCUCCCCCGGAACGGCCACGGAUUCCCGCAAGGUCCGGAUGCCAAUAAGCCUUAGGAGGGUGCCCCCACUCCUCCUCCGGGGCGGGUAGGUGGGCGCCCCACUUCUGCCUCCGGCCACCCCGAGCAUCACGAGGAGCCCCCCGUCCCGGUCCCGUCCGUGCCAAACUCACAGUUGGGAGCGCCGUUUGUUGGGUGUUUAGCUUUGUGUUUUCACGUGUGCUUCGAGUCCUGGAGGAAGACGGCGUUGCGUUUUCGAGGGUCCCGGUUCCCCUUGUCCCCCCCCCCCCCGUCCCCCCGGUCCCCCCAUCUUUCAAAAGUGUACUUCAGACCAUCUUUCGGCGUCUUUGCUUUGAUGGGACAGCUGAGCCGCGGCUCGCUCCCUCCUAACGAAUAAAGGAACAGAUGACCUGAUUGGCCGACCGCCAAUGUCCGUGCCCGGAGGGGAACCCGAGCUCGGUCCUUUUCCGCUUCUUCCGAAGACCCUCUCUCUCGCUUUUUCCUCCUCUUUCCCCCUUCCCCUUGUUUUCUUACUGCUUGUAUUUGCUUUGCCAACUCUUUGAAUGUAGUUUUUAAAAAAUAUAUUUAUUUGCACAUCCAAGUAAAAUAAAAGAUUAAUUUUAAAACGCCAA